AUAGUGUUGUUGACGCGAAGGGUUAGUUGGGAAAGUUUUAAUAGGACGCCAUUUUGCUCUUAGAAACAGAGGGAGAGCAGCAAAGGUUGUAGCUAAUAAACACCCGUACGCAUAUUCAGGUACUUUAGAUCUUCAGCGGACAGGAUGGCGAGUCCGGGGAAAGACAACUACAGGAUGAAGAGCUAUAAGAACAAAGCGUUGAAUCCUCAGGAGAUGCGUCGAAGGAGAGAGGAGGAAGGAAUCCAGCUACGCAAACAGAAGAGAGAGGAGCAGCUUUUCAAGAGGAGAAAUGUAUGCGUACCUUCAAAUGAUGAAUCAAUGCUGGAAUGUCCAAUCCAGGAUCCAGACAUCAGCUCCACAGUACCUGUUGCAGGUGAUGGGGUCAUAACUCCAGAUAUGAUUCAGAUGAUCUUCUCUGAAGACCCAGACCAGCAGCUUAUUGCUACACAGAAAUUUAGGAAAUUACUCUCCAAAGAGCCCAACCCGCCCAUAGAUGAGGUGAUUUCCACUCCUGGGGUUGUGAAUUGUUUUGUGGAGUUCCUGAAGAGGAGUGAAAACUGCACACUGCAGUUUGAGGCAGCCUGGGCACUUACAAACAUCGCAUCAGGUACCUUCCUGCACACCAAGGUGGUGAUUGAAACAGGAGCAGUUCCCAUUUUCAUUGAGCUGCUGAACUCUGAGUACGAGGAUGUCCAGGAACAGGCGGUUUGGGCGUUGGGGAACAUAGCAGGAGACAAUGCCGAGUGCAGAGACUACGUGCUUAACUGUGGCAUCCUGCUGUCUCUACAACAGCUACUCGCUAAAUCCAACCGUCUUACAACAACCCGCAAUGCAGUGUGGGCUCUGUCCAACCUGUGCCGAGGGAAGAACCCACCACCAGAUUUUGCUAAGGUGUCUCCUUGUCUCAGCGUGCUGUCCAGGCUUCUGUUCAGCAGUGAUCCAGAUGUGCUGGCUGACGCUUGCUGGGCUCUGUCCUACCUGUCUGACGGCCCUAAUGAAAAGAUCCAGACGGUCAUCGACUCCGGGGUCUGCCGCAGACUGGUGGAGCUGCUUAUGCACAGUGACUAUAAGGUUGUUUCUCCUGCUUUACGUGCGGUGGGCAACAUUGUAACAGGAGAUGACAUCCAGACUCAGGUAAUCUUGAACUGUUCAGCACUACCAUGUUUACUCCACCUCCUCAGCAGUCCCAAGGAGUCCAUCAAGAAGGAGGCGUGCUGGACUGUGUCCAACAUCACAGCAGGAAACAGAGCUCAGAUUCAGGUAAAGGCUGCUUCACCUGGGUUUAGUGUGUCGUCUGAAGAAGGGCUGCUGUUUGUUGUAGCUGACAAUAUUUCUUCUCGUCAGAAUGUGAUUGAUGCCAACAUCUUCCCAGUACUGAUAGAGAUCCUUCAGAAGGCCGAGUUCCGCACGAGGAAGGAGGCAGCGUGGGCUAUUACUAACGCCACCUCUGGGGGCACUCCUGCACAGAUAAGAUACCUGGUGUCUCUGAAUGCCAUUAAACCAAUGUGUGACCUGCUGACAGUGAUGGACUCAAAGAUCGUGCAGGUGUCUCUGAAUGGUCUGGAGAACAUCCUCAGACUAGGAGAACAGGAGGCCAAACAGAACGGAACAGGCAUCAAUCCGUACUGUGCUCUCAUUGAGGAGGCUUACGGCCUGGACAAGAUCGAGUUCCUGCAGAGCCACGAGAACCAGGAGAUCUACCAGAAAGCCUUCGACCUGAUCGAACACUACUUCGGCGUGGAGGAGGAGGACGCCAGUCUGGCUCCUCAAGUGGACCAGAGUCAAGGCCAGUUUGUCUUCCAGCAACAGGAAGGACCUAUGGAGGGUUUCCAGCUUUAACACCACCUCACCUCCACAGCACCUUCUUCUUGGUCUCUAAACCUCUGCUAGAGACAGUGGCCUAUUGGUCUGCAAACUCUCCUGGGACAACACCUCGUCUUUGCCGGGCCAGCUCCACCAGCUCCCCAGACCUUCACUUCUACUAUGUACUCACAGCAACACCUACUCUGGAGAGCCAGAGAGAGCUUUGUGAAUAUGGAGAUGAAACAUAAGAGCCCGUUUGGCUCAUUGGUGCUGUGCUGUGGGAACCUGUUUGGAGGGCUCAGUCUUGCUGGUUUCUAUCCCAUAGAUGAGAUGUCCAUGCCAUGGAAAGCCAACUCAUGCUAAAGAAAGAAUUCUCUCUUUUUUUCUUUAAUGCUGCACAGUAUGAUGUUCCUUUGACUUCCUGUGAUAUUUUUUCAUCAUUCUAAAUUAUGUUUAUGAUAUUUGUGUUACAAUUAGAAACUGGUGUCUCCAAAUCAGCAUCCAUAUCCCUUAUUCAAUGUGAAACUACCUCUUCAGUCUUCAGAAAGAAAGAAACCGAAAGGAAGGAAGGAAGAAAAGAAAAGCCCUAAAUGAACAGCAAAACGGCAAAAAUCCAAUCUUAAAAUCCUUGGUGUUCAGAUUCAGGGUCUAGUGGCUGAGCUGUCAGAAGUCUGUAGGCAGGUAGUGGAUGUAAAUACAGUACUACUCCACAUCCUGGUGUUGCCAUACUUAGUCUGAAGCAGCUGCACAUGCUUUCUGGGCUCUUUGUCCUCUCCUGUCGAUUUAAAAGGACUUGGCGAGCACCUGGAGACUGCUUCUUUUAUUUAUUUGUCUUUUGAGAGCUGUGGUGGAGAUCCUCUUUCUCUUCUCCACCCUCAGUUCUGACUGAAGGAAACAGAUUCCUGGAUUAUGUAACCGGCCAACUGGCCCAAGUUUGUUUGAAAUCUGCAACAGUGUUGGCUGUUCACUAGUGUUUUUUUCUGCUUAUUUUAAAUCUUCUUUAUUUCAGAAAGCAGUAUCAGGGCAAGACAAGUGCUGUAUGUUACAUGAUGGACAUGAUGCAGUAUGUGCAACAAUCUUGAAUGAGAUUUUUGUCCUGUUUUCUAGGUCACUAUGAACUAUCAAGGUAAUAUAUCAUAAAUUAUUUUUUCUGCCUUCAAUCAUCAUUUCCUUGAUGUGAUGGGAUUAGUCGACAGAGGGGUUGUAUAUUAUAUAUACAUGUAAGAAAGUGUAAAGACGUAUUUAAGUGGCUGUGGGAAGGUGUGAUAUGCAAUUAUGUUUUCUGGCUGAUAUGCAGUUGUAGUAUUUCCAGUCCAUCACUGCUUUAUGCACCCUUGACAGUUUGUUUUAUUUUGAGGUUUGUCUCCUGUGAGGUUUUGUCUCCUAAGCUUUUAUAUUUAUUUUUAUUUUUUCAUUUUCUGAUUUUGUGGUUGAAGUCUUAAGAUGGAAACACAGUGGGAUUUUUUUCCUGCUUUUGGCUCUACCCCUGAACCACAUUUGAGUACAGCGACAUUGAUUGGUGGAGAACUGAACAUGAAAUCAAUCUAUAUUUGCAUGAAAUGGAAAAUAUUUCUAAUGCAGAAAUUACAUCAAGCACAUUCAAUCGUGUAUAGUUUUCUAAUAUUCCUGGUUUGUAUGAUUGUAUAUCAUAUUUUUUAGGUUUUGGUAGUGUUUUUGUUUUCUCCUGUUUGGGAAUUAAUUUGCUGUGUACUUGUGGCUCUCAGUAGAAAUUGUGUGUUAGAAUUCCAGCAGCCGUGUACAGGAGUGAAUUACUGUAUGCAGCAACAGUUCCUAACACUGACAGAGGUCUGACAAUGAAGCUGGGUCAGGCUGUCUGUAAUGAUGCCUGGCUCUUCUGUGUGGGGAUGCACACUUAUAUUGUGUAACAAGAAUUAAUAAAGUGAUCUGUUGGAUACAAACCAAA